CUACUUUACCUUCCUGAAUACUGAGAAGAUGCAAUAGUCCUCAUAUGCUCAGAAGUCAGAACUGUCCCACUGCUGACUAACCAUCACAAUAAAUUCAAGUAGUAAGUUCCAACAUCAGCAAAUCCAAGAUCUCAUAAAUUUCCAAUGAUAAAGGAUGCUUCUCUUUCCAAGAAAAGAAGGCAUGGUAUUGUCCCCUUAAUUGCAACCAGCUGCACCCAGCAUCUUUCUUAAGGCUAGCCCCUUGCAUCAGUAUCCUCGUCUCAGCAGCAUCUUUCCAUUUACCACAAGAUGCAUACAUGUUUGAGAGUAGCACAUAGCCUGCUGUAUUAUCCUUUUCCAACUCAUGAAGUUUCUUUGCUGCCCUCUCACCAAUCUCCUUGUUCCUGUAAGUGCUGCAAGCACUCAGAAGAGAUGACCAUGAACUUGUGUCUAAUUCACUUGAAACCUUCAUGAGAAGCUCUUCGGCUUCUGGCAAACAGCCAGCUCUAGCUAGAACAUCAACCAUGCAAGUGUAGUGUUUACUUUUAGGUGGGAUGCCAUGUGCCUGCAUUGUUUCAAAAUAAUGUAUGGCUUGCUCCACCAAACCACAGUGGGAACAAGCAAAUAGAAUAGCUAGAAAUGUAUGUUCGUUUGGUGCUAUUCCAUUUUCUAUCAUAUCCUCAAACAACGAAAUAGACUCUUCAGCAAAGCCAUUUUCUGCAAGUCCCUGAACCAUGGCAGUCCAUGUGAUAUUAUUUUUCUCAGGCAUUUGAUAGAACACCCUCCUGGAGCUGUCCAAAUCCCCUGACUUGGCAUACAUGUCACAGAGAGCAGUCCCCAUAAAGAUGUUAUCUUCGAUUCCAAGCUUGACAAUCUCAGCAUGAACCAUCCUCCCCAUCUCUAAAGAGCACAAGUUUGCACAUGCAAGCAGAACACUUGACAAGGUGAUUUCCCCUGGAAUAUGUCCUGAAGCCAACAUUGCAUAAAAAUAAUUUAGUGCAUCACCAAAUCGUCGAUUUUCUGCAUAGCCAGAAAUCAUUGUAUUCCAUGAAACUGAAUUCCUUGCAGGCAUCUUAUUGAAGAGCCCCUCUGCCUCCACCAUUUUUCCAUUCCAGCUAUAACCUGAAAUAAGAGAGUUCCAGCAUACUGUGUUCUUUUCUGGGAGGGAAUUAAAAACUCUUUGAGCAUACGUGCAUUGCUUGCAUUUGCAGUACAUGUCAAUCAAAGAGCUGGAUACAAACAAAUUGGUACUAGAGCCCAUCUUCAGUGCAUUGGCAUGUAUUCUUGUUCCUCCCCUUAAGUCUUGAAGGGUAGCACAAGCACUGAGCACACUAGAGAAGCAUGAAAUGUUUGGCCUGCAACCGUCAGCAAGCAUCUGGCUGUAAAGCUUCAAUGCUUCUGCAGUAUCACCUUUCUGCUCAUGCCUUGCAAUCAAUGUACCCCAGGAGACCUCGUUCCUCGCAGGCAUUGCAUCAAGAACCCGUCGUGCUCCAUCAAGGUCACCCAAGUCAGCAUACACAUCAAGUAAUGCAGUCCAUGAAACAACAUCUCUCACCUCCAUGUCAUCAAACACCCUGCGUGCCGCAGCUGCAUCUCCCAUUCUUAGAUACAGAGUGAUCAAAGAAUUGUGUACCUCGAUACUCUUUUCAAACAAGUUGCAUUUGACUGCCAAUCCCACAACACCCAUGGCAAGAUCAAAUUCACCAGCACCAACACAGGCCUUGAUGACACAAAUCAGAGUAACCACAUUAGGUCUCACACUGCAGGUUAGCAUCUUUCGAAAAACAGUGAAUGCAUCCUUAUGGAGUUCAUUGCGGACAAACCCAGAAAUCAUGGCUGUGAAGAAGGCAACCGAGUGGAGUGGGCAUCGUUCAUACAGCUCAACCGCAUCCCUUACAGACCCACGCUUCAUGAGCGCGUCGACCAUGGUUGUGUACGACACGACACUCUUCUCGGGCAUUCCGUAGAACAGCCUGCGGGCGGAGGCAAUGUCCCCGGCCUUCACGUGUUCUGACACCAUGAAGUCGUAAGUGAAGGACGAUGCCGCAUCGGCGGCAACGCAGUCUCGGAAGGCCUGGUCACGGUCUCCGGCGCGCGCGAAGGCAGCGUAGGCUGUGAGGAGGUUCGAUGCGACGGAGCGGUCGGUGGCGAGUCCAGAGCGGAGGGCAUGCGCGUGUAGGGAGAGUACAAGCGGUAGGCAACCGGAGGAGGGCGCGUAAGAGGGCAUGGUGGUGGAGGUGGCGCUCAUAGCGCGGCAGAGGCGGAGGAGAGAGGCACAGGUCUCAGAGUACGUCUUGAAGUCCUUCGCCGUGGGCGCCAGCGGUGGACCGUUAGCCAGGCGGAGCUUGAACGCCUUUAUCGGGAGGGUUAAGGGAGAAGGGUCUUCCUCCGGUUUACUCCUUGUUGUCGGCGAAAUCGGCGCCUUUGCCAGCUCCGGCGAUGGCCGUGGCGGCCGUGGCCGCCUCGUGCGGACCGCUCUCAUGCUUCCAUGAUUCGAACUUUUGAACUUCGAAAAACUUCGCUGUUCUCAACUAUCGCUCUCUCAAGUCAUGCGCGAUAGUGGGAUGCUCAGUUGGGCUGGCUGGGCCAAUCGGCAGAAUCUGCCCUGACACAAACUUAAUCUGGGCCUAAUUCUGUCAGCCCAAAAUACGGUUAGCCACCGUUCAGCCAGAAAAACAACCUUCCGCAGUUCCGCUCCAAUUGCGUCCCCGGGAAUCCGGAAGGUUCGCGCGAGAGCUCGAGCUCCCCGUCUCUGCACCAGACACCAGUGCACCACCAAAUCCGAGCCGAAUCUUCUCGACCCCGCUCCUCCCCCGCCCUCCGACCCAGCGCCAUUUUCACGAUCCUAAGGUCCUUGCCCGACCAAACGACCCGUGACCUCCGCCACAGCUGCUGCAGAGCUAACCAAUGGACGUGCUGAAGCGCGAGCUGCAGCGCAAGCGCCAGCUCCUCAACGCCGAUUUCGGCGGCCGCAAGAUCAUCCGCCGCGCCGAAAUCGAGGCACGCGAGCUCCAGCGCAUCCGCGAGGUCGAGCGCCAGCUCCUCCUCCAAAAGCAGCACAGGCAUUCCCGCCCGCUGUCCUCCCCCUCCAGUUCCUCCUCAAGCUCCUCGCCCACCUCCGCAGCCGCUGACGCCGACGCCGACGCGUCGCGGGCAGAGAGCGGCUCCAAGGAGUCGCUCCCGAGGGAGGAGGUCAUCCGGCGCCUGCGCGUGCUGCGGCAGCCGGCCACGCUCUUCGGCGAGGAUGACAUCGCGCGCCUCCGCCGCCUCCAGGUCCUGAUCGAGGACUCCGGCGCGCUCGCCGACAUCGACGCGGCGGAGAUCGGGGAGGGCCAGACCAACGACUUCCUCCGCGACAUCCAGGCGAUGCGUGCUAAAGCUGCGACUGUCACGAAGCCCAAGGCGGCCGGCGCGGAGGCCGAGCGUGGGGAGGGCGACAGCGUAUCGAUAGAUGUGCCGUUCGAGGAGCUCUGCGACGAGGACAAGAUCACUGCGUUCUUCAGGAGACUGUUGGACGAGUGGACCCAGGAGGUGGACGGUAUGCCUGAGGCGGAACGGAGGACGGCAAAAGGGAAGGCCGCGAUAGCCACCUGCAAGCAGUGCACGCGAUACCUCGACCCUCUGUUCAAGCAGUGCAAGAAGAAGGCUCUCCCUUCUGAUGUCCGACAAGCAUUGCUGGAGGUGGUCAGGUGCUGUAGGAGACGAGACUACUUGGCUGCAGUGGACAACUAUAUCAAGCUAGCGAUAGGUAACUCGCCCUGGCCAAUUGGUGUGACCAUGGUUGGUAUUCAUGAGCGAUCGGCUCGCGAAAAGAUCUACACGAACAGCGUGGCUCACAUCAUGAAUGAUGAGACGACCAGAAAGUACCUGCAGUCUGUGAAGAGGCUCAUAACAUUCUGCCAGAGGAAGUACCCCACUGAUCCAUCAAGGUCGGUAGAGUUCAACAGCCUGGCAAAUGGUAGCGAUCUGCAGUCUCUCCUGGCGCAGCAAAACGCGAAGAAUUCAGAAGAAACGCUUCGGUUAGUGGCAGCGUCAUGAAAGGUUGGAUUAUAUCUGUCAGCGGAAUUCUAGGCAAGUUCGAUUCUUGUGUGAUUUAUUUGUGAUACGAAUUAGUACUUGUAAGAACCUGAAUUGUAUGUUCGGUCGUUACUCGUUACUGCCUUACUGAACCGUGGAACAGGAACCUAAUUUAACUGGAGCACAGCAUACUGAUACUGUUUGUGGA